CACGGUAUACUUCUGGGUCAUGUGAUGCUACCUGUUUUCCGGAAAACGGCGUGGUGUGGAAGAUUCUUUAAUUCGUCUCAAAGAGUUCAUCAACUUUAGCGGUUUACGGCGCAGACGGACGUUGUUGUGCAAGUCUGCUGGUGUUCAAGUUUGUUCAGAGGCAAGGAGGAUGACAUCAAAAAGCAACGUGCAGAUUUCAGGUGACGUCAGGUUAAAUGCAAAAAAGGAUGAUUCUGUGCGCAUGCAGCCUUCCACUAGCAGAGGGGGGAAGUGCUACAAGUGUGAGGAGUGCAGCAGGCAGUUUAGCCGGCUGAGUCAUCUAAAGCAACACAUAAACACUCACACUGGAGAGAAGCUCUUUAGAUGUGAGGAGUGCAGCAGACAGUUCAGUCGACUGAGUUAUCUAAAGAAACACAUACAGACUCACACAGGGGAGAAGCCCUACACGUGUGAGGAGUGCAGUAGGAAGUUCAGUGAGCUAGGUAAUCUUAAGAAACACAUGCGGACUCACACAGGGGAAACACCCUACAAGUGUGAGGAGUGCAGCAGGCAGUUCAGGCGACUGGGUCAUCUGAAGGCUCACAUGCGGACUCACACAGGGGAAAAACCCUACAGGUGUGAGGAGUGUAGCAGGCAGUUCAGUCGGCUUGAUUGUCUUCGGGGACACAUGAAGACUCACACAGGGGAGAAACCCUACAAAUGUGAGGAGUGCAGCAAGCAGUUCAGUCAUCUGGGAAGCCUGCAAAAUCAUAUGCGGACUCACACAGGUGAGAAACCAUACAUGUGUGAGGAGUGCAGCAGGCAGUUCAGUCAGCUUAGUAAUCUGAAGAAACACAUGCAAACUCACACAGGGGAGAAACCCUACAAGUGUGAGGAGUGCAGCAAACAGUUCAGUCAGCUGGGUAAUCUGAAAACUCACAUGCAUACUCACACAGGGGAAAAACCCUACAGAUGUGCGAAGUGCAGCAGACAGUUCAGUGAUCUGGUUAGCCUAAAGACUCACAUAAGGACUCACACAGGGGAGAAACCCUACAAUUGUGAGGAGUGCAGCAAACAGUUCAGUCAUCUAGGAAGCCUGCAAAAACAUAUGCGGACUCACACAGGGGAGAAACCCUACAUGUGUGAGGAGUGCAACAGGCAGUUCAGUGAGCUUGGUCAUCUGAAAAGACACAUGCGAACUCACACAGGAGAGAAACCUUACAAGUGUGAGGAGUGUAGCAAGCUUUUUAGCAGGCCAGAAGAACUGAAGAAACACUUGUAUGCACACACAGGGGAGAAACCCUACAAGUGUGAGGAAUGCAGCAAACAAUUCAGUCAGCUAAGCUAUGUAAAGGAACACAUGCGGACUCACACAGGGGAGAAACCCUACAAGUGUGAGGAGUGCAGCAAGCAGUUUAGUCAGCUGAGUAAUCUAAAGACUCAUAUCAAAAGCCACACAGGGGAGAAACCUUACAAGUGUGAGGAGUGUAGCAAGCAGUUUAGUCAGCUGGCCCAUCUAAAGGGACACAUGCGAACUCACACAGGAGAGAAACCCUACAAGUGUGAGCAGUGCAGCAAGCAGUUUAGUCAGCUGAGUAAUCUAAAGACUCAUAUCAAAAGUAAAUUGCAUGCAAAGCACAUGCAAGCUCACAAAUAAGAAAGCCCUGGGCCAGGAAUAUGAAAUAGAGAUGUCGGUCACAAGGAAAAUUUUGAAGAUUGCCUACCAACAUGGCUGAUUUGUCAAUUUAACAUUUAUUUUCACAUUUCGUUUAGUAGUUCGGUUUGGUUUGGUGUAGUAGUACAGUCAGCGUUUUGAUUGUAAGUCCUUAUGCAUUCGUCUUCAACUAUUGUUGUAAUGAUCUUGCUAAGAAAGAUAUUACUUUUAUUUUCUUCUUGAUUUGUUAUCUGAAGUUCGCAACCUUAGAUAAGUUAGAAAGGUAUAACAGAGCAUGUUUCCUUCUUUAUAGAGUUUUGCUUGCCCUUUUCUAAAAUGCCAAGUUGUCCAUUAAGUGUGGAAUAACAGUUUAAGUUACAGAAGUCCUGUUCUGUAUUUCAGGCUUGUAGUUUAGCUGUAAAAAAACCUUGGUAACAAUAGAACUGAAGAGAGCUUGUAUUUAUGAAAAAGCCUCGUUUCGUCAUUGCUAACUACUUGCAGUACCGUAAUCAUCAGAACUAAGUUUUAUUUUUUAGGGGUAUCAGAAGCUGUUUUUUGAGGCCUGAAUUUGUCUUGAAAAUUCACAUUGUAGAAGUGUUAUUUCAGAAUUUGUCUUGAAAAUUCACAUUGUAGAAGUGUUGUUUUAGGUUUUAUUGUUGUC